AUGGAAGAGAUUCUAGAUGCUGCAAUUGACCCCAAGCAUUUGAGCAAAAAUGAAAGACAAUACUGUUUAGAAAUUCUAGAACAGAUUUUACAAUCUGAUACGACGCCAUACGAUGCCUAUUUCUCGUCCAAACCAACUCCUGGUAGUAUUGUGGAGGAUAUUGCAGAAGCAUCAGCUCAAAUUGUAGCUAUUGAAAAACAGAUAAGAAGGCUUCUGGUUGAGAACAAGGGCGAAGUUUUGCGUAAGGUGCUAGGUGAUAGUAGUGGUAGUAAAUUAACGGACAUUCGAAACGAAUUAGAUCAAUUAUGGGAAUUGGAUGAAGGUGCAGGGGCAAAGGAAGAGGAACACAAGAAUUCCAAUGAAAGCAUAGAACAUGAUUCUGCAGUAAAGGCAAUAUUCGAUCAGGAACAAAACGUACAAAAGGGACAAGAUGAUCAAUUCCACAUGGCAUUAAAAAAAUUAAAACAAAGGGUAUCACAGAAUGAAGCUCAUGCACCUGGAUCAUUAGGAGAGUUAGCGUCUGUAUUAGAAAAUUUGAACAGCAUUACUGAUCUUAUGGAGCUUCCGUUUUUGGCAAGGACAUGCAUAAGAACGGGUCACUACCAAGAAGUUGUCAUGCUUUAUACGCAUACUAAAUCCCUUCAGUUGAAAUUUCCCGGAUCUAGUAUUGUAAAACAAGUAUGUGACAGCGUUUUAGAUGAAAUUACGACGACGAUGUUAACUGGAUUGGUCAAACUACUUUCUACCAACGUUACAGUGAAUUCCAUUAAAAAAAUUCUCAAUUAUCUAGCCGCUAUCCCACCAUUUGAUGAUACUGAGAGCUCAUUGCUUUUGCGUGUCUUUCUGUACAUGAGAUUCGACUUCAUUCAAAGGGAAAUUGCAUCAUAUUCAUUAAAAAUGGACCCGCCAAACGAUUCAUUGAUAGAAAUGAUGGUUAAACGUAAAAUUGAAGUCCUGAGGGAAUACGCAUAUAUGUCAUCAAGUGUCUUUACGGAAAUGUUUACAUCACAUUUAGAACCAAUCUGCAUAAAACUUGCAGAUGAAUUAAAACCAGAGGAAGAUACGAAAACUAUUGAGGCCACUACUACCACUACCACUACCACUCGGAAAGAUGAUACCCCUAUUGAAACCAAUUUAUUAAUUUUACAAUUCGUUAAUCAAUGCGUAAGUUGGUUACUUGAUGAUCUAUCUGAGGCCGGUUUACAAGGUAAACUAAAUGAUUCAGUGUGUCUACAACUAGUUUACUGUUCAUUCAGAUUACAUGAUUUGAAUCAAAAUUACCACAAGCUGUUUUUAAACAAACUUCAUGAAUCGAAUUUGUUUACCGCAUCUCAAAUAAAAAACGCAAUCCAAAAGAGAAGAGAACUGGCUUCUAAGUACUCCUAA